AUGGCAGUGUUGAUAGUAUUGGCAUUGGUGAAAACAUUGUGUUACUGGAAGCAACAACUGUUACAGGUGGAGACUAUGGGGGAAGGUGAUUGUGGCGGCAAUUGCAACAAAAGAAUAUUGGUGGCAGCACAAUGGUUAUGUGGUGGCCAGGAUGGUGGAAUACGCACAUUUAGGGAUGACGAUGAACUUGAGAGAGGAGAUCAUAUUGCCUCAAAACUGAUAAAGACAAUCGAUGAAUCAAGGAUUUCAAUAAUUGUCUUUUCAAAAGACUAUGCAUCUUCAACAUGGUGCCUUAAUGAACUUCUAAGGAUACUUGAACGCAGGAGUGUAGGUCAUCUGAUUGUACCUGUGUUCUACCAUGUGGAUCCAUCUGAUCUAAGGUGGCUAAAGGGAAGUUUUGGAGAUGCAUUUGCAAAACACGAAGAGAGAUUGAAGUCGAAGUCCGAUGAAGAAAAAGAGGAGGGAAUGGUCAAGAUAAGAAGCUGGAGGAAAGCUUUGGAAGAAGUUGCAGGUUUGUCAGCGCAUGUGUUAGGAAAAGAUGAGAAUGAGUCAGAUUUUAUUCAACAAAAAAUCAUUAAAGAUAUUGGAAACAAAUUGGGUUGUCGCACAGUUUUAAGUGUUUGCCGGUAUCCAGUUGGAUUGGACUCUCGUAUAAAAAGCAUUAAUUUGUGGUUACAAGAUGGAUCAAGUAAAGUUAGCAUAAUGGCAAUUUAUGGAAUUGGUGGCAUUGGCAAGACAACCAUUGCCAAAACUGUGUAUAACAAAAACUUCGACAAUUUUGAAGGGAGCAGUUUUCUUGCAGAUAUAAGAGAAACAUCAAAACAGCAAAAUGGUUUGGUCUAUUUACAUAGACAACUUCUUUCAAAUAUUUUGAAGGGAAGAGAAGUAAAAAUUAGCAAUGUUCAUGAAGGAAACAAAAUGAUCGAAGAAGCGCUUACCUCAAAAAGAGUUUUACUUGUUCUCGAUGAUGUGGAUCAAUCAGAACUCUUCAGUUGGCAUGUGUUUGGACAAUAUCAUCCCAGUGAAGCUUAUAAGGAGCACUCUAAAAGGGUUGUGAAGUAUUGUGAGGGGCUUCCUUUAGAUCUUGAGGUUUUGGGUUCUUCUCUUUCUAAAAGAGAUGCAGAUAUUUGGGAAGAUGUAAUAAAUAAAUUGGAAGCAGUUCCUAAUAGUCAAAUCAUAGAAAAGCUCAAAAUUAGUUUUGAUUUGUUAGAAGACGACUGCGACCGAAAAAUAUUCCUCAACAUUGCUUGUUUUUUUGUCGGAAAGGAUAAAGAUUUAGUAAUUAAAGUUCUGGAUGCUUGUGAACUCCACCCAAUAGUUGGAAUCGACAACCUCAUUAAAAGAUGUCUAUUAACUGUCGACGAUGCUUGGUCCAAAAAGCUGAGAAUGCAUCGUCUUCUACAAGAAAUGGGAAGAAAAAUAGUACGCCUGCCAGAAUCACCAACGGAUCCAUGGAAAGGCAGCAGGCUGUGGCAUCAUAAAGAUGCCUUGAAUGGAACAGAGGUCAUUGAAGGUCUCACCCUCAACUUGCAUCGAAGCAUUUCGUCAGAGCAGAGUGGCCAAGGCUUCUCUACAUCGGAGCGGCGUCGACUAAGCAUUUUCUCUUGGAUCCCGGGAACUUCUGCCUCGACAGAGUCAUCUUCCACAUCAAAUGAAGUAGACUUACACACUGAUGCAUUUUCAAGCAUGCACAAUCUUAGACUGCUCCAGCUCAAUAAUGUAAGGCUCACUGGAAAUUACGAACAAUUUCCUAAGGAGUUGAGAUGGUUGUGUUGGUGUUGGUUCCCUUUGAAAAUUAUACCAAGUGAGUUUUAUUUGGAGAGCUUAGUUGUUCUUGAGAUGAAAUGUAGUAGCUUAAAACAAGUUUGGAAGGGAAAAAAGUCGCUCAAAUCAUUGAAAAUCCUUAAUUUUAGCCAUUCCCAUGAUCUUAUAGAGACGCCUGACUUCUCAAAUGUUCCUAAUCUUGAGAGCUUGAUUCUUGAAGAUUGCAUAACUUUGAUAAAGGCUCAUGAAUCCAUUGGGGAAUUAAAAUAA